CAGAUUGCCGUGUACAGUAUUUCGCAAGAAGAAGUUUUACUCGGGGGAAUGUCCAUACUUUAGAUAGGAAUACAGCUCAGAGAGUUCAGAUUAUAUUCUUGAACAGGUUAAAAUAUCAUUUUCAAACGACUAAAAAAUGUUUAUUCAAAAGUAGGCCUCAGCAAAGAUAAUUUUGUAUUUACACCACUGCGUGCUUUUGAGUCUUUUCAAAAUGAGUCAUUUAAUCAAAAUAAACCCAGGUGUCACCAAGUGGGACAUUAGACAGAAAAUCUGGGAUUAUAUCGAAGACAAUAAUUUAGCGGACUUUCCUCGACCAGUGCAUCACCGAAUACCAAAUUUCAAGGGAGCAUCACAUGCUGGAUCAAGUCUGUCAUGUUUAAAGGAAUUCAAAUGUAGCAAGAUUGUUAAAGUAAAUCCGGACAAGCCCCAACAGCAUGUCCGAUAUCUUGUGUUGGAAGGGUCUUACCUAGCCUGUGAUAGUGUUAAAGGACUUGAUGUAUUCAGAAAAUCCAGGGAAGUGAAAGUGGAUCCUGAUAAACCUCUAGAAGGUGUUCGAUUAGCUUCAUUACAGGCAGGAAAAACCCUCUUAGUCCCAACCCCACGCUUGAGGACUGGGUUAUUCAAUAGGAUUGUACCACCAACAGGUGCAACCAAGGAUGUCCUAAGAAUUUGCUCAACAUCUAAGGGUGUGAAGGACUACAGUGUUCCUGUUGGUCUGGAUGCCAAGGUUAAAGUAGAUUUAGUAGUUGUGGGAUCUGUAGCAGUAUCUGAAAAGGGGUGGAGACUUGGAAAAGGAGAGGGAUUUGCAGACAUGGAAUAUGCUAUGAUAGCUGCCAUGGGAGCUGUGAAUGAUUCUACAGUUGUUGUAACUGUAGUACAUGACUGCCAGGUUGUUGAUAUACCAGACGAACUGAUUGAUAAUCAUGAUUUAACAGUGGAUUAUAUUCUUACUCCUACUAAAGUAAUUAAAACUGAAUGUACGCAUCCUAAGCCUCAAGGUAUUUUUUGGUUCAAGUUUGAUGCACACAUGUUAGACAAAAUUCCUGUUCUGAGAAAACUUCGCCAUAUGGAGAAACAGGCUGGAAAAGAUGUCACAUUAAAGAAUGAAUUACCUAAUGCUACUGUAAAACAGGAUAAAGCAGCUGGAAGUCAAAAGCAUCUACCUCAGAGUUUGGCAGAAGGCUGUAAAAAUAAUAAUGACUUGCAGUCACAAGCUGCAAUAGCAGAUGAAAUCACAACUGUGUAUGUUGGCAACAUCUCUCCUAGUCUAAGAGUCAGUGAAUUUAAGGUGUUUUUGAAAGAACAUAAAGCCACACCUCUGCGUCUGAACUGGCAGGGAGCUCAGGGCAGAGCUUUUCUUGAUUACAAGAACAAGGCAUUAGCCCAGAACACUGUGGAUGCCCUCAGGGGGCUUAUUAUCAAUGGUAGCAGUAUCUGGGUAGAUUUUGCCAAAACUCAGAGAGGCAAUCCAAAAACACUUAACUUUCAGAAAACCCAGAGACAAUAAUUGCAGAAAAUAGCUAAUAAAGAAAAAUACUGCAUCAGGGACUAUGUAUUGUUUUUUUAAAAAAUAUGCCUGAUAAUUCACUUGGGGUUUACCAAUGCACAUAAUGACAUAUUUAAAAUGGGAACACACUUUUUCUUAUGCAACAUUAAGUAACUUAAAACAUGCAUUUUCUUAGAAGAAAUUGUCAUCAUUUUCCUUCUAAAAUUGAGUAAAUGCUGAAUAUUUGUUUAAGUAAAGGGAAAUUAAAUAUUUUAAA